AUGAUGUCCAGCGAAAAAUCCCAAGCUCCAUCUCCCCUGCAAUCGAUAGCUGCUGGUGCAGCCGCCGGGGGUAUUGAGUCUCUUGUCACAUUGCUCGGUGCAUCGUCAGUAUCAUCAUUACGAAUUCUCGCCACCGUAAUUAGGGAACAUGGAGUUGGGGUUCUGUAUACUGGAGCGGGAGCUUUCUGCAUUUCAAAUGCUUCAAAGUCAGGAGUGAGAUUUUUCACUUUUGAUGGCGUCAGAAGCAGGCUUCCAAAAGACUCUGAUACAGGAAAGUCUACCAAGCUUUCCAACAUGAUCGCUGGAGUAGUAGCUGGGAUAGCUGAAAGUGUCACUGUUGUGACCCCAGGCGAAAGCAUCAAAACCAAGAUUGUGGAAGACAGGGCAGGUGCCCGUAAGUUCACCUCGACCAGGCACGUCAUCUGGUCUACGCUCCAGACCCAAGGACUGGGAGGUCUGUACCGUGGUGUUGUACCCGUGACGUUAAAGCAAGCCUCUAACGCUGUUGUGAGGUUUACUUCCUACCACGCAAUUUUCGAUGUAAUCGAGCCAUACCUUGCACAGGCUGGAUAUGGAACGUUCACAGCUCCGGCAGCAGGAGCUCUAGCAGGAAUAAUCACAGUCUACGCGACGAUGCCGUUUGAUACCAUUAAAACUAGAAUGCAGGGGUUGAGCGCAGGGAGCGGAAAGAAAGGCACUCUGCAAUUUCUCCGCUUGAUAUACCAUGAAUCAGGUGUCACCGGCUUGUGGAAAGGAACUACACCUAGGUUAUUGAGACUCUCUGUGAGUAAAUUUCAUCUUAUAUCGACUCAAUUUGAUCAACUUGUCAGAAACUGA